AUGUCCGACGACUACGUUAUCAAGCCAGAAGCUGUCGCUCCUUCUAACGACACUUCAGAAUGGCCAUUAUUAUUAAAGAACUACGAUAAAUUGUUAGUUAGAAGUGGACAUUACACUCCAAUCCCAUCAGGUUGUUCUCCAUUAAAGAGAGACUUAAAAUCUUAUGUCUCCUCGGGUGUUAUCAACUUAGAUAAACCAUCUAACCCAUCUUCUCACGAAGUCGUUGCCUGGAUUAAGCGUAUCUUAAGAUCCGAAAAGACCGGUCACUCUGGUACUUUAGAUCCAAAAGUCACUGGUUGUUUGAUCGUCUGUAUCGACCGUGCUACCAGACUUGUUAAGUCUCAACAAGGUGCAGGUAAAGAGUAUGUUUGUAUCGUUCGUCUUCAUGAUGAAUUAAAGGAUGCCAAGGAAAUGGGUAGAUCUUUAGAAAACUUAACUGGUGCUCUUUUCCAAAGGCCUCCAUUGAUCUCUGCUGUUAAGAGACAAUUAAGAGUUAGAACUAUUUAUGACUCUAACUUGAUUGAAUUUGACAACAAGAGAGGUUUAGGUGUAUUCUGGGCUUCCUGUGAAGCUGGUACGUAUAUGAGAACCUUGUGUGUCCAUUUAGGUAUGUUAUUAGGUGUUGGUGGUCAUAUGCAAGAAUUACGUCGUGUUCGUUCAGGAGCAAUGGGUGAGAACGAUAACUUAGUAACCUUACACGAUGUCUUAGAUGCCCAAUACGUUUAUGAUAACACAAGAGAUGAAUCUUACUUGAGAAAGAUUAUCCAACCUUUAGAAACCUUAUUAGUCGGUUACAAGAGAAUCGUUGUUAAGGAUUCUGCUGUUAACUCUGUUUGUUACGGUGCCAAAUUAAUGAUUCCAGGUUUAUUGCGUUAUGAAGAAGGUAUUGAAUUAUACGAUGAAGUUGUCUUAAUGACUACCAAGGGUGAAGCCAUCGCUAUUGCUGUUGCUCAAAUGACCACCGUUGAUUUACAAGGCUGUGACCAUGGUGUUGUUGCAAAGGUUAAGAGAUGUAUUAUGGAACGUGACACUUACCCAAGAAGAUGGGGACUUGGUCCAGUUGCUCAAAAGAAGAAGCAAUUGAAGGCUGAUGGUAAAUUAGAUAAAUUCGGAAGAGCAAAUGAAAACACCCCAGAAACUUGGAAGAAGGAAUACAAAGAUCAUGACGAAACUCCUGCACCAGCCGUUCCUGAAUCCAAAUUAGUUGCUCCUGAAGUUCAAUUACCAAAGAAGAAGUUAAUCGAAGAAGUUUCCACUACUGAAGAAGACGUCUCCGACAAGAAGGAAAAGAAGGAAAAGAAAGAGAAGAAGGAAAAGAAGGAAAAGAAGGAAAAGAAAGAAAAGAAAGAAAAGAAGAGAAAGGCUGAAGAUGACGAAGAGAAAUCUGAAAAGAAGAAGAAGUCAAAGAAGUAA